GGCAAAUGAGAACAGAGGGAGAGUUCUCAGGUAUGAUUAUUCACAUAUCAUCCGGAGCCAGCAGCGCCGAGGAUCUGAAUUACCGCGGUCCACAAUCAAAGGAAUCUCAGCCGUUAUCAAGUAUAUCUGAUCUGAUGUCAUCCCGCUCACCACCGGGAUAUUUGUGAGUUCGACGCAAGCACCUCGCCGUCAGAUAUUACAACUUUUGCUCCGGCACUCUAUACUAGAAGGCCAUCACAGUGAAGUACAGCCGCUAGCUAGCUAGCCAGUCAGCUCUCCAGGCGCCUCACGAUGAAGCUCUCGCUCGCAUCUGCCCUCCUCUGGCUCUCGGUAGCCCUGGGCCAGCAAUUCCCCGAAUGCACUCGGGAGCUUGCGGCAACGGACGACUGCGCCGAUGUUAUCAACGCCAACGCCUGCUACAACCAGUUCCGAUUCCAAAACAACCAGACACUAUCCUGUAUCGGCGGCACCACCAACGAUGAGAGGGCCCAGCUAGUACAGGCCUGCAAAUGUUGCGCCUGCGUCGGCACACAGAUGUGCAGCUGGGUGACUCGGUCACGAUUUCAGUGUUAAGGCGUGAGGCGGUAGCGAAGAUGGGGUAGGGACUCCUAAAGUUGAGACGCAAAACGAAAGGGGGGAUACCGCCGACCAGACAUUCGCUCAUCGUCUAUUAUGUUGGUGCCCUUUGAUUUUUAAAAGUGUUAGUGCCCAGAGAAUGGUCGUAUUAUCGUAACACGUCUAUAUAUGCCAAAAUUGUAUACGAGUGACACUUGCC